GGGCUUUUUGUAUGGGACAUGUAGUUAGCUAGGUCUGCAUUACUUUACUGUCGUCCUGUAUAUCAUGUAUAAUGUGGGGCUGGAGUGUUUCUGUCUCUGUGAUCGGGUUUGAAGAGUCAGCAGAACACAAGCAGAGGAUUACAGUGUGAAGAUAAGCUCCUUUUGAAGACAGCAGGGAUGGCUCUGGAGCAGCUCAGUGAUGUGGUCCAGAGAUGUCAAGCCCUCCCUGAUGACAACUACACCACCGAGGAUCAUGAUGUCUUCACCAUUGCUGGGCAGACCUGCAUUGAGGAGGGACACAGCGCUCAGGUGCUCAGUAUCAUGCUGGAUGACAAAAAUCAGGAAAUAGUGAGAUGUAUGGGUUGGAACCUCCUGCCUCCACUGAUCCAGGUUUUGCUGAAGAGAGAAGACAAAAACCUUUCUCAGUGCCUGGCCAUUUUCAACCAUCUGCUGCAGACCUGCAGACCCAAAGAGCUGCUGAUUGGUCUGUUGGAGCAGCUGGAGCACGAUGACCCUGUCGACAUAGCAGAGAGCCUCCAUCUGCUGCUGAACCCCCUGCAGACAGUGCUGCUGUGCCUGGGCAGCCGGAAGGCGUCCUCACUGGGCAUGACCCUGUCCUCAGUGCUGGACCAGGUGUCCAAACUUCCUCUACCCGUCACUAAGGAGCAAGAGGAGGAUGACGUCUUCUUGCUUUGUCGCUGCUGCACUGAUCUAACAAAUUUUGUUAGACCCUUUGUCCAGGAGGCCCGGCUAAACACCUUUAAUUGUAAUGAAAGUACGGAGAACAUGGCAGGUGAACUAGAGGGCAGCAAAGAGGACGAGCUGCGGACAGAGUUGCUAAAGUUCUGUAUGAAGACUCUUAGUCACCCUCUGUUGGAGGUACAGCUCAAGGAUCCGGACACUCUGGCUUUAUCUCCUCUGAGGAAUUUUGCCACAGAAAUCUUGGAAACCCUCAGUGCUAUCGGAGAGUCCCUCCCUGGUCUCGUGUUUCAGCCUCUGCUAAAAAGAAAACAGGUUUCAGGCUUCCUUGAGGAGGAAGUGCGUUAUCCAAAAGAGUCUUUAGCCAGCCUGGCUCACUUGGUUUUUGUCCAUCACUUGACUGCUGAUACAUUCCCUAGUGUGUUCAGCCCUGUGUUCACUCUGCGGUCAAACAUGGAGCACAUUCACCUCCUCUUGUCCAGAACUGAGGAGUCCAGGAUUCAGAAAGGACUGGAGCUCUACGAGAAGAGUCUGGUGCGGGUGGACGAUAACAGUCUGCCUGCAGAUCUGCUGGAGAUCAAAACCUUCCUUAAAGUCCCUCAGGAUUUGGUGAAGGUCAUGACGAUAUGUCCGCAGCACGGUUUGAGAACCAGAGGGCUGAAGGUUUUCCAAAUGAGCAUUGAUAAGUUUGAUACUCAAGCCAAGUACAAUUUUUUCCAGUACAUGCUGAAAACCAGUAAACACUCAGGAGUUGAAGGCUACGUCAUUAAAAACAUCAAAAAUCAGGUCGACAGCGCGCUGCAGCCUGGUAACAGUAACACCUGGUUUGAGGGAGUUCACCUGCUGCCUCUGUUGCGAAAAGUCCUCAGUCUGCCAGACGGCCCGGAGACCGACCUCCUGCAGUAUCUGGACAGAAUUAUGGAGUCCCUGAACCUGCUGCGCUACCUCGUCAUCAGAGACAAAGUAACAGAGAACCAGACUGGGAUCUGGACAGAGCUGUAUAAAAUAGAGGAUACAUUCACUAAGCCUCUGCGUGUCGGAGUGAACAUGUCGAGGGCACACUAUGAGAAGGAGCUGCAGAACACCGUAGAAUCCAAGAGGAAAAAGGUCAAAGAAAACUCAGUGCUGUCUGUGAGCGUCGGAGACGAGAAGCUGCCCAACAUGACGUCAGAGUCACAGAUUCAGGCUCUGCACUCGGCCCUGCACACGUUCGACAUGAUCGAGAGCGUGUUGGUGCGGAUAGAAGAGCUCACCGAGGUGAAGGAGGCUCUUUAGAUUGAGAGCUUUUCCAGCAGAGAUCGUCUCAUCAUCUCAGGGGCAAAGUGAACAUAAUCAAACCUUUGACUGUUCAUGUACAGUUUGUUUAAAAAAAGAGUCAAAUAAGUUAUGGAUGUAUUAUUGGACAUUACAAGUUUGACUUUUAAAUGUUACAUACAGUGUCUAUAAAAAAUGACUGAACAGUUUGUAUCUCUUGUACUUUAAAUGUUAAAAGUUUUGUACACAUGGGCGCAGACUUAGCCUAAUGGUUAAGUUGCGCGCCCAUGUAGCAGGUGGCCCAGAUUCAAAUCCACCCUUCGGCCUUUUUCCUGUAUGUCAAACCAAUAAAGCUUUAAAAGCCCAAAAAAUAUAUAAC